CCGAGAAGAACCCCGAGUUCUUCCCAGCAGCCGGAGGAAAGCCAGCGCAAUGUUCGGUGCGGUCGAUGAAGACGACGCCGACUUCCUCUCGCCCAGCGGGGGUACCAGAUUGGCCUCUCUCUUUGGACUGGAUCAGGCAGCUGCUGGCCAUGGAAAUGAAUUCUUCCAGUAUACAGCCCCAAAGCAGCCUAAGAAAGGCCAGGGAACAGCAGCAACAGGAAAUCAGGCAACACCGAAAGCAGCACCCGCCACAACUGGUACUUCCACCGUAACUGGUACUUCCACCGUACUGUUUGCAACCGCAGUCCAUGCAUAUCGAUGCAUAAAUGGUCAAUAUGUAAAGCAGGGCAAAUUUGGUGCUGCAGUCCUGGGGGAUCACACAGCCAGAGAGUAUAGGAUUCUUCUUUAUAUCAGUCAACAACAGCGAGUUACUGUUGCCAGGAUUCAUCCGAACUUUGAGCUAAUGGUUAGGCCCAAUAACUAUAGCACCUUUUAUGAUGACCAAAGACAAAACUGGUCCAUCAUGUUUGAGUCAGAAAAGGCUGCUGUGGAGUUCAAUAAACAGGUGUGCAUUGCCAGGUGCAACAGCGCCUCUUCCCUGGAUGCAGUGCUCUCACAGGACCUCGUUGUAGCAGAAGGCCCUGCUGUAGAAGUUGGCGAUUCUUUGGAAGUGGCCUAUACCGGCUGGCGCUUUCAGAAUCAUGUGCUGGGCCAGGUUUUUGACUCCACUGCUAACAAGGAUAAGCUGCUUCGCUUGAAAUUAGGAUCAGGAAAAGUCAUCAAGAGCUGGGAGGAUGGGAUGCUGGGUAUGAAGAAAGGAGGGAAGCGGUUGCUUAUCAUCCCUCCAGCCUGUGCUGCUGGCUCUGAAGGGGAAAUAGGAUGGACUCAAUCAACAGACUCUAUCCUGGUGUUCGAGGUGGAGAUUAGGCGGGUCAAGUUUGCCAGAGAUUCUGGCUCUGAUGGGCACAGUGUUAGUUCCCGAGAUUCUGCAGCCCCUUCUCCCAUACCUGGUGCUGACAACCUCCCUGCUGAUCCUAUUGUGUCACCACCCACAUCGGUGCCUUUCAAAUCAGGGGAGCCAGCUCUUCGUUCCAAAUCUAACUCCCUCAGUGAACAGCUUACGAUGAAUACAAAUCCUGAUACAGUCAAGGCCAAGUUGAUCUCUCGGAUGGCUAAAAUGGGCCAGCCCAUGCUGCCCAUCCUUCCACCACAGCUGGAUUCCAAUGAUUCAGAAAUCGAAGAUGUGAAUGCUCUGCGAGGAGCCGGACCGCCCAUGGCACCUCCGUCCAUCCAGCCCUCUCUUCAGCCAGCCCAUCCAGUGCUACCACAGAUGGCCUCACAAGGUAAGGAACCUGUCAGAGGCUCUGUGGCCUUGAAUUGGGUCAGCACCAAAGUUAUCAUCACUGUCCUUAAAUUGGACAUGAAUGUUUUGUAAACUGGCUGUACCUCGGUAUUUUCUCAGCCCUAUGCAGGUAUGCAAGCCCACGCCUAUUCUCAGGCAUCAGCCGUCACCUCCCAGCUGCAGCCCGUUCGGCCCUUGUACCCAGCACCACUCUCUCAGUCUCCCCAUUUUCAAGGAUCAGGUGAUGUGGCCUCAUUUCUCAUGACUGAAGCCCGGCAACAUAACACUGAAAUUCGAAUGGCGGUUAGCAAAGUGGCAGAUAAAAUGGAUCAUCUCAUGACUAAGGUUGAUGAGUUACAGAAGCAUAGUGCUGGCAAUUCCCUGCUCAUUCCUAGCAUGUCAGUUACAAUGGAAACAAGCAUGAUUAUGAGCAACAUCCAACGAAUUAUUCAGGAAAAUGAAAGAUUGAAGCAAGAGAUCCUUGAAAAGAGCAGUCGGAUAGAAGAACAGAAUGACAAGAUUAGUGAACUAAUUGAACGAAAUCAGAGAGUAUGUGAGGUUGGGUCAUCGCUUAGAGACAAGGGACACCGCUGUUUAAAGUGAUGUCGUACUUUGUUACUUAUUCAGGCCAAGGUGACAGAAGAGUUAGCAGCAGCCACUGCCCAGGUCUCUCAUCUGCAGCUGAAAAUGACUGCUCAGCAAAAGAAGGAAACGGAGCUGCACAUGCGGCUGACGGAAAGCUUGAAGGAGACAGACCUCCUCAGGGGCCAACUUGCCAAACUGCAGGCAGAGCUCUCAGAGCUCCAAGAAACCUCUGAGCAAGCACAGUCCAAAUUCAAAAGUGAAAAGCAAAGCCGGAGACAACUGGAACUCAAGGUGACGUCCCUGGAGGAGGAGCUGACUGACCUUCGAGCUGAGAAGGAGUCUCUGGAAAAGAACCUCUUAGAAAGGAAAAAGAAGUCAGCUCAAGAGCGCUGUCAGGCUGAGGAGGAGAUAGAUGAAAUUCGCAAGUCUUACCAGGAGGAACUGGACAAACUUCGACAGCUCUUGAAAAAGGCUCGGGUGUCCACAGACCAGGCAGCUGCAGAGCAGCUGUCUCUAGUACAGGCUGAGCUACAGACCCAGUGGAAAGCAAAAUGUGAACAUCUGUUGGCCUCCGCCAAGGAUGAACACCUGCAGCAGUACCAGGAGGUGUGUCGGCAGAGAGAUGCCGACCAGCAGAAGCUGCUCCAGCUUCAGGAGAAGUGUUCAGCCCUCCAGGCCCAAGUCACAACCCUGACAGAGCAAAAUGAACAACACCUCAAGGACCUGGAGAAGAAUGAGUCCCAGAUGUCUGGAGUUGAGGCUGCUGCUACUGACCCCUCAGAGAAGGUCAAGAAGAUCAUGAACCAGGUAUUCCACUCCUUGCGGGGAGAGUUUGAACUGGAGGAAUCUUACGAUGGCAGGACCAUUCUGGGAACCAUCAUGAAUACAAUCAAGAUGGUGACUCUUCAGCUGUUAAACCAACACGAGCCAGAGAAGGGAGAGAGCAGCAAUGAAGACGAGGAAGAAGAAGAAGAAGAAGAGCGACCUCGACGACCUUCCCAGGAGCAGUCAGUCUCGGCCAAUUCUGGACUGUCUCAAGCACCCCUGACUAGGGAGAGGCAGGAGUCCCCCGUGGGGCCAUUGGAGCAGGUAGUCAAGGAAGCUGUCCCAUUGCCUCCUCAGGCCCUCCCCCCUCUCCAGGAUGAGGCACAGAGAGGGAAAGGGGAGCCCUCAGGAGCAGAGGUGCUCUCAGAGAUAAAGGAUGGUUCCCUCCCACCCGAACUGGCUUCCCUCCCCUCCCAAAGAGCUCUGGGGCCCCCGACUUCAAUUCCGCCUAAGCCUCCGGGCCCUGUGACUGUGGACUCUGAGCCUGAGGAGACACUUGCUGCCAGCCCAUUGGGAAAUGCCUGUGUUGGGGAGCAAGAAAGCUCCACAAGACUGUCCCUGACUUCAGACCCCAAGAAGGGGGACCCACUGGCCUUUGGGCCUGACAGUCCAGGAGGAGAGCCUCAGCCUCCAGAGCCCAAGAAAGACGAGGAUGUCACCAGAUCCCCUGGUCCCUCCAAGGAGCUGUCGAGCACAGAGGCAGGUUCUCCAGCUGAAGGAGUGGCCCUUGGACCCAGCCACUCUUCCCAGCAUUCCAGUCUUUCCGGGGAUGAAGAGGAUGAACUGUUUAAAGGGGCAACUCUGAAAGUUCCGAGGCCCACAGCACAGCCUGAGGAGGAGGAUGAAGACGAUGUGAGCAUGAAGGGACGCCCGCCCCCAACACCCCUUUUUGGAGAUGAUGAUGAUGACGAUGACCCUGACUGGCUGGGAUGAAGACCCAGGAAACUGGCGCAAAGGUUUCUCUAUCACCUUUUCCUUAAGCAUGAUUUUGCACAGCCAGCCCUGGGUCUAGACGAGCCACAGGGUGAGGUGAAGGUGAGCAUUCUGAGGACAGUAGUUCAGAUAUCUGAGUUAGACAACUUUGAAGCCCCUGCCCGGCCAGGUGAAGAGGAGUGUGAGCCUGUCUUCAGAACGCUGGGCUUGUCAGCAGGCGACCGUGGUCUCGCCUCAGAGGCCCACUUGGAGGAAGGGCUGGUAGGUUCCCCUCCAGCUGGUCACCUACAAGAGUCUG